GAGACCCCGGAAGCUUCCUUAUUACUGGUCACUGUCAGUCCGUUGAGCGAUGUGUUGCUGGUGCUGUGGGGACGGCUACGUUGAUGUUGGAGUUUCAGUCAAAUUGGACAUCAACAUGCAUUAAGAAGGCUUCCCCAUCAUAAGACAUUGGGAAUAUUAAGUGUCAGUCUACACAUGCACUUCAUCCUGAAUGCUGGUCCAGGAGAUACCCACCACAGCAUGCUAUUGUGAAGCGGAAACACAUUAGGUCAGGAUGCAGUCUUCAAACCACCGACUGCGAGAUAUGGAGCAGCACCACCCUCUGCUGUCGGCAGGUGCAGAUGUGGAGACAGGGAGUCUGGCAGCUGGAGUGAUGGUCGGGGGUCCCCACGCCGGCCACACAGCAGGAAACCGCACACUGUGGUUCAUUCAGGACAGCUGCGGUAUGGUGUGUGCAACCAUGACCUGGUUCCUGGUACUGUACGCUGAAUUUGUGGUGAACUUUGUCAUGCUGCUGCCUGCCAAGAACUUCUGGUACUCACUGCUGAACGGGGCCACCUUCAACUCCUUGGCUGUGCUUGCACUGGCCUCGCAUCUGCGCACCAUGUUGACUGACCCGGGUGCAGUUCCUAAGGGCAACGCGACCAAGGAGUACAUGGAGAGCUUGCAGCUGAAGCCUGGUGAGGUCAUCUACAAGUGCCCAAAGUGCUGCAGCAUCAAGCCUGAGAGGGCACACCACUGCAGUAUUUGUAAAAGAUGCAUCCGGAAAAUGGAUCACCACUGUCCCUGGGUCAAUAACUGUGUGGGAGAGAAGAAUCAGAGAUUUUUUGUUCUUUUCACUAUGUACAUAGCCCUGAUUUCCGCCCAUGCCCUGGGUCUCAGUGGUAUGCACUUCUUCACCUGUAUUAAAGUCCAGUGGAACGAGUGCAGUGACUUCUCUCCAGGGGUGUCGGUGCUGCUCCUGAUCUUCCUCUGUCUUGAGGCAAUCCUCUUCCUCACUUUCACAGCUGUAAUGUUUGGCACACAGAUCCACUCUAUCUGCAACGAUGAGACGGAGAUUGAACGGCUUAAAAAUGAGAAGCCUACAUGGGAGCGUCGCGUGAGGUGGGAUGGAAUGAAAGCUGUGUGUGGGGGCCCACCCUCUGUGCUGUGGUGCAAUCCAUUCACAGGCCUGCGUCUGCGGCGGCUGUUGCUGUUGACUUACGGUCGCCGCGGCGGGUCUGAGUUUUCUGUCUGAGAGCUGAACAGACUGGUGCAGCUCACCAACACUUGAUCCUCUUUAAAACGAGAUUUCUUGUAUCCCCUCCUUGGCUGUGGAUAAGAUGGACAUCUGCUCCCUGAGCCUGUUUUUAUGUGUGGGUGACAGGGAGACCAGCUGGUCCAGGGACCCCAGUGCAUCACAACCACCACUGAAAGUGUAUACCCUCUCUCUCUUCUCCCUCUCAUGCAGCUGUAGACCAACACCUAUGGUCUGCACAGGUAUGCUGAACAACCAGAAUAUUGUUUUUAACAUCAGCAGCUCUGCGGUUUGUUUGUGUGUAUUAGGUAAAGCAUGCAGUAUGUAACUCAAGUGAGUCUUACAUUCCUCAUGAGACAAUUCACGGUGCUGUUUGAACUCCUGCACCUUCAGUACACAACUUCGGCUGCUGGUUUUCUCUGCUGUGCACUUAAGAUUCAAGAUUAGUGCUUGAAUCUUUUCAGGGGGCAACAUAUUUUUUAUCAUCGCUGGACCCAGACAAGGAAGUCAGUCAAGGACAUGCACUAUUUAAAUGGCACUUGAGAAAAAGCCUGGAUAUGGAGUACAGCGGGCAUCAGAGAUGGACCUGCACUGCUUUGAUUUGCAUGUAUAACAGCUGAAUUAGUCAGUAUCUCAGCCAGAAAAUAAGGCUUUCUCUAUCUUCAAAUGGAUGAACAGGCUACUGAGAACACAAGCCUCAUUCUUAUUCGAGAGGACUGAGUGGCUUUUGCUGUCUGUUAUCCUCCUCUGUCAUGUUUUUCCUUCCUUGAGCCUGUGUGGUUGAUUCUUUAGGUUACUCAGGCCAGUAGAGAUGACUUUAUUGCUUCUUUAACUUUGAUCACACUGACCACUCCUCAACAGUUGACUGUAAUGACUCACUGGAGAUGACUACUGUUAUUAAGAGUUUUCAUUUGGAUCUAAAAACAAAACUAUCAGUUUUGUAUUGGUUGUAUAUACAGUAUGUGUCAUUCCUAGCUGCUGCUCCACCCCCCUUGUGUUUUCAUUCAGGUUGACCAACACUGGCUGCUGAAAAAACAGAAUGUUAAGUUUUCACUUGUUUUACUCACACACAGUUUUUCUCUGUGUGUAGUAGGAAUAAGGAUAAGGAUAAUCCUUAUCCACACGAAGAAAAGCUAGCUAAGGCUUCAUGGCAUUUAAACCCCAAAAAACAACCUCACAAAAUCCCCACGACGGAGCCAAGCCUUAGACAUGGGGCCUUUGCUUGCUCCUUGGCCACUGUGCCAUGCAACGGUUUGAAAAGGAGAACUGUAAACACUAGCACGGCCUCCUCUGGCUUAUGGUGAGCUCAUUCUCAUCUACAGAGCCAAGCUCCAUUAUGCAGCCAGCCUGUAGAAUAAGAAAGGAGCCGCUUUGCUGGAGGAGGCUGAGGUACCAGCCUCAAGCUUUAAUGGUGAACAAAGUCUCGGGGAGUUGUGCAGAUGUGUGAGGCCUUUCCUGCCUCACUUCAGAAAUGUCAAGCCUGUCAUAUCCAGGGGCAGGACAGUAGCAGGAGCUUUCCCAGUGUUAUUAGAACACAUCCAAUCAAGUGAAUUUAUCGGCUUGAAAGAUCGUCAUUAUUGCCAUAUUUAUGGAAAGGUUUUCUCAUGUUGUGACAAUUCUGCAUAAUCAAGAAUGUGGCUUUAUGAAUUAAGUGCUCAGGAUUUAAAGCCCUGACUGAUGGACUGGCGUUAUCAAAGUCUGAGUUUUAUCAUAUUUAACAGUAUACUGCAGUUUGUUCUCAUCUGUGAUUGUCAGGGGAAUGAACACUUCUGUUUACACUAAACCAUCAUAUCUGACACUAUGGUUACAGCGUUUUAAGAAACAUGCUGUCAUUAGAAUGUAAAAAUGUAUCUAUUUAGGAACUAAGCAACACAGCACUGAAAGCUAACUGAUAAUCGGAGGGUUUUAUUCAAGCUGGCCUGUCAUCUUAUUCUCCUGGACCGCAUUAACUCAGCAACAGUUUGCUGGUCACCGAUUCAUACGGUGUCUUACCUUCUGUGUCCAGCAUGGUUUAUCCUGACACGCUGUGUACUUUUUAAUUAACUAGUAUUAAAAUGAAAAUACAUUGAGCCAAACAGACAGAAUGUCCAUAAAAAUGAUAUGAACAUUUGUAAGUGAAAGACAGAUUGUGUAAGAGUUUUCAGGACAUAGCUGGUAAUUACAUGCUGGAUGGUUGCACAAAUAUUGUACUAAUCAAUCAAGAGCUGUUAUUAUAUGUAGCUGCAGGUAUUAGUGGCAAAAUUAUAACAAGGCAAACACAGAAUGCCACUGGUAAACAAGUGAAUGUGUGAAGCAGGACUCACAGAAUGCAAUAGUUUCACUUGUAUUUGCAGCAGAAUGUCAGCUAAGUUUGGACUGACAAGUAUUGUGUUGAAAUAUAAAUAGCUGAGGUUGACAGGUAUAAUUUGGGCAGAAUUAUUUGAUGUGCAUAAUUAUUUCACAAUAGUAAAGCACUGUUUUUUAUCUAAACUCAGAUGCUGUAAUCAUAACAUCUUUAAACUGCGACUCUGACAGGGUGUGUAGUAUUACAUUCAGGUUCAGCAACAGAAUCGAAGAAUGAUGGUUUAUUUUUAAAGCGUUAUACCAGUAGUUGUAUUUUCAGCCCUUCUCCACUUUCCUGCUGUACAACCUAGAAGAAAAUGAAUGAAUCACAUUGGUGGAGAGAACUGUAUGAUGAUGGCCGGAAUUGUGUAAAGAUGAGAAAGGUCUGGCUUUGUGCUCUCCUGAGGUAAUGUUACUUCAAGAACAAAGGUGUUUCAGCUUUGUAAACAAAAUAUAAAGGUUACUAUUAACAGUAUAUAAAUGGAAUGUUGUAUUCAGGUUUUUUAAAUUAAUGUGUCAUAAUCUUCUAAUGUCAUCUUUAAUGUCAUUCUUUUACAUAAUAAAGUUGAUUAAAUU